GAUUUGAAACAAACGUUUCCAACUACUCUUUGGAUACUGAUUAUUUUGGAACUAACACAAUGUCCUUCGAAAGGACGACGAUGGACAUUUUAGAUUCGCGACUACAUCCGUAUCCUAAAGAAUUCAGAAAAAUUCCAUUAUGGGAAGCGAGUCUGAAAAUAUUUGUAUAUUCCUUAAUGAUACUGGUAUCCGUCGUUGGAAAUAUUCUUAUAAUUCUAGUAGUUGCGAAAAACAAACGGAUGAGGACAACUACUAAUUUUUACAUUGUGAAUUUAGCCGCCUCAGAUUUAUUGGUGACUUUGUCCUGUACUUGGGUAAACCUUGUAAGCGAUUUGUCAGAAGGAUGGAUACUUGGAUCUUUUUUCUGUAAAGUCAACAGUUUUGCUCAAGUUACCUCAGUUGUAUCCAGUAUACUCUCCUUAACCUUGGUGGCCUAUGAUAGAUUCUUUGGAAUAGUUUAUGCCAUGAAAGCACAUAUCAUUGAACGAAGUGCGAAAUAUUCACUUAUAGUGAUUUGGGUGUUUUCAAUAACAGUAGCUUUACCAAUGGUGCUGUUUAGACGGCUAUAUGAAAGACAUUGGAAAAAUCACGUGGAGUUAUGGUGCGAUGACGAUUGGUCACUAGGUGCUCUACAGGGUACAUCAGAACCCACCGAAGCCUUUCACAGACCAGCAAGAAUGACUUAUUAUACUAUUAUCUGCCUCAUAUUAUUUAUAUUUCCGAUCGUGGCUAUGAUUGGUGCUUAUUGUGGCAUCAUUAGAACAUUAUGGCUCAAUAAAAUACCAGGAGAGAGGUUAACACACGACGUUAGUGGACAAAUGAAAAUGAAACGGAAGGUUGUGAUAAUGUUAAUCCUUAUACUGACAGUAUUUUCUGUUUGUUGGUUUCCUCUUCAAAUAUCUAUACUUUACUCAGAGUACAGAUCGGAUCCAAAAAUGAUGGGGGAAUGGUACGAUACUUUCUAUUUCCUUGCCAGAACACUGGCUUUCUCAAACAGUGCUAUCAAUCCAAUUAUUUAUGCAGGUUUUAAUGAGAAUUUUAGAAAAGGAAUUAAAUCAAUGUGUGGAUGUUAUAAGAAACCAAGAUGGACAGCUAUUGCAAGAAUUGACUCGUUCAGAAGCACAACUUUAACAGCAACUUCAAAAAUUUUCAACAAGAAAAAAAAUUCAGUUCAGGAGACUUCAUUAAUAAGAAAUAAUUUCCAUGAAAGUAGAGACCAUCACAAAAUGACAGUUGCCACAUAGCUACAUGUAUGUUAUUGAAAAUUCAGAUAACAUGCCGAUGCACUUCUGAUAUUAAUUGAAGAUUAUUACAGGAAUGAAAAUACUACAAAUUAUACGUUGUAUAAGAGAAAGAAGCUAAUGCAGAUCGAAACAGAUUGUUUGUAAGCUGCAUAUUAACUAUAUGAUAACAAUGCGAGACCUGUAAAUAUUAUGUGCAUUUCAACUUUGGAUCGUAACAAAAUCUUAAUUACUUCAAGAUAGACACACAGAACGUUGAGAAAAUUCCAAAUGUAUGACAUUUUCUAACAUACAUGUACAUAUAUAUAACCUUUUCGUCUGUACCAUAGGCACUGUGCUAUCGGAAAUAUUCAAUUUUACAUAUUGUAAAUUUCUGUAUUUUCCUUUUUGUAGAUGUUUCUGGAAUAUAUGUUGUAAAAUAUCUGUGAAUAACA